CAGGGUGCGCGUCAAAGCCUGGCGCGACGCGCUGCGCGUCCAAGACAGCGCACCAGACCACAGACAAUCGAGGCAACGAUUUUCCACGGUGCUGCCUGGCUGUCCAAGUGCCUGCCUGUCUGUCCUUUCCACUGCUCUCUCUAUUGCUUCGCCUGCUGCCCUCUAUCACUCUGUAUUUUUCUCAAGACUGACUGUCUGUCUAUGCUGCCUGCCUGCCUGCCUGCCUGUUGCCUCGCUGAGUGAGUGACCGCAUCUGUGGAAUUUUUCCCUCCCUCCCUCGCUGUCUGAUUGACGGAGUGACUGACUGAGGCGUGGCCAUCCAAAAAGACGAUGGUGGGGCUCAGGCGGCAGGUGUGCGCUGUGGCCCUGUUGCUCCCGCUGGCCACGGCGGGCCAAGAAUGCGGCCUUGUCUGGGAGAUGGACAAGGACAUCAACUCAGGUGAGUUCACUGAAGGAAUGGAAGACAGACAGACAGACCGAAACACACUCACCCAUCUGAUCUGCCUCCCUGUCUGUGUGGUGUGCCGAACAGGCGUGAACAUAUUCUCACCGGAGGACACUGAGAAGAACAUCUCGCCGGACGCCACCCUGUCAGCGUCGAGCAAGGAGGAGUGCUGGUCGUUGUGCGAGCCGCUGCCCGAGUGUCAGGGGAUUGUCUACAGCGACGGGUCCGUCAUUGUACAGGGCUGCUGGCUCAAGGGCAGCAUCGAGAGGGAGGAGGAAAAACAAGGCUUCGGUCUCUGGGCGGGCAAGAGGGUGUGCGGCGACGACGCUGAGGAGAAGACGGAUGGAGUCGUGGGGCCCACACAGACCAUCAGACACGAAGGUCAGUCAGUUAGUCAGUCUUGCUGUCCGGUGAUGGAUGGAUAGAUGAGCUCGUCUCUGUGUCUGUCGUGCUGUGUGUGCAGAUCUCAACAUCACUCUGACUGCGCUGCUGACGUGCUCCGACGAGGGCCAGAAGCACCCGUCCUUCCCUCCGCUAGAGGCGGGUCUGCCGCCCAUCCCGGUGUCCAUCCUGCCCCUGCUGAACCUCACCUACAACUACUCCGCCCCCUGGCUGGACCACCCCAUCGUCAGUGAGCCCUUCACCUUCACCUUAACGGCCGAUGCAGAUGACCCCGACGAGGCGUCCAACGUGCCGAUCCGUGCGUCGAUCAAAGGGAUGGAUGCCAUCGUCGCCUUUGGGGACGUCCUGGUGCCACUCAACCUCACCAGCGGCAACGAGGGGGAGGGGCACGUGGCCGCCGGGUGCGACGGGCGCAACAUUGGCAGGGGCCAUGUGGUGCUGCGGAGGGUGCAGGUCACCCUGGCCGAUGGCUAUGGCAACGAAGUCGCUGUCGAGGCCGCCAACUGCAGCAGCACCAUUCGUAAGUACUUACAUUGGAGGCACCACAAUCAAUCAAUGAACCCGUCCGUGGAUUUUCAUUGUGUGUCCUCCCCCCGUUUCUUUUACUAACCAGAGUGUCAGGACAACACCCCCCCGGCCGUUGAGUGCUCGCAUGUCAACCUGCAGGAGCUGUCGUUCGGUGAGAGGCGGGAGAUCGACCCAGGCGCCAUCACCGUGUACAACGAUGCGGGCACUGGCGUGCACGCGGCUUUGCUGCACCCCAGCCAUGUGGAGUGCGGUGAGGUGGGGCGGCACACGGUUGAUGUGGAGAUCGAGGCGAGGGACGGGACGGGCCAUGUGGCCAAGACCAUGUGCUACGACGCCGUCGAAUACAGUGAGAUGAGAAAGAGAGAGAGGAGGGAGGACAUUCAUUGUUUGUGUGCAUCAUCCAUCCAUCCACCCAUCUAUUUUGCUGUCUGCUGUGCUGUUGUCCUCUCCUCUCCUCUCCUCUCUCUGUGCGUCUCCCUCCCCAUUCCAGCUUGUGAAAGUAAGAACAGGACACGAUGAAUACAACGAGACGAGCGUUCGUUAUCUCUUCCCCCCCGUGUGCGUGUCGAUCAGCGGAUCCCCCGACCGACGGCUGCCGUGUGAGUGCGGCCUUCCAGCGCAUGCUGGACAUCAACCCGUCCAUCGAGGGCUUCGACGACACGCCGCACAACGCCACCACCAAGGAGGAGUGCUGGGAGCAGUGCCGGCCCAUGCCCGAGUGCCACGGCAUGGUCUUUAUCGCAGAAUACGACGGAUCAAACAAAUGCUACCUCAAGGUCAGUUUUCCUUCCGUCGCCUUGACCUCGAUGUGCCAAUGAGUGAGUGCCCCUCUCUCGUGUGUGUGCAGGGCCCGAUAGAGAGCGAGGAGUUCAAUUUCAAUAACACGCGGAUGUGGGGCGGCCGCAAGAUCGUCAAGUGCGGCCCCUCGGCCAUCUUCGACUCCCAAACUCCCAACACACUCACCGUCAGCUUCUCCGAGUCCGUCGAGGGGCUCGACCAAUACGACUUCGACAUCACCAGCGGGGCCGAUGUGAGUGUCAAAGGAGUCCGUGAGGCGGGCAGCAACAGGUAUGCGGUCGACCUGGAGGGCGGCAUGCCGGAAGGGGCUGUGUUGAGUGUGGCGCUGAGGAAUGGGGCUGUGACUAACGAAAUGGGGCAGGAGAACGAGGCGACCGAGCCCUUCGAGAUGAGAUACGGUACGUGGGCAUUAUAUCAAUGGGGGCGCGUACAAUAGAUGGGAUGGGAUCUAUGGACUCGCCUGUGUGUCUGUGGUCUCUCAGACACGCAGCCGCCAGCGGUGUCGCUGUCCACAUCAGGGCUGCCCCCCUCGUUCUCCCUCGUCCGCACCAACCACCAGCCGCUCCGCAUCCACGUCACCUUGUCAGAGCCUGUCACAGGUUUUGGUCUGGAGGACUUCACUGUGACAUGGCCCAACCACACGGUGAAGUGGCAGCCCGACGGCUCCGACGCGCCUGCCCCCGCCUCCCUGGGCAACCUGACCAAAGUGGACGACACCAACUACACGGUGGACUUCUCAUCGCGGGCAGAUGGGAUGUUCUCGGUGUCCGUGGGGGAGGGGGGCGUGAGGGAUGCGGCUGGCAACCUCAAUGGAAAGUCGAACCAACUGGAGAUCCUCAGGGGUGGGGGAGGGAGGCGAGGGCGUAUGUGUGUGCGGGGCGGGGGGAUGUCUGCACCGCACGCCAUGCCAUGGAUGUCUGUGUGUCCAUCCAGAUCUGACGCCUCCCAAUGUGCACCUGGAGGGUCCGGGUCCCUACGCCGCCACCAACGCAUCAACGUUCGAGAUCCACCUGGUGCUCUCAGAGGUACCGUACCGUACCAUCCCAUCCACCCACCCCCACAACCAUAAGCAUAGCAUGCCCAUCGACAUACAGCAUGUCCCGCUUUCUCUUCAUCCUUCCCUUUGCAGCCCAUCCAGGGCUUCACGCCCCAGACACUUCAGCUGCAGCUGCACCCGUCGGACCCCAGCGUGGCGCUCUCCAAGCAGCACCGCAGCGGCCUGUUGCUCAAGCACUUCAGGGAGCUGCCCACAGACGAGGGCAAAAACGGCUGGACCAAUCCCGUCCGGUUCGCCGUGACAGUGACGCUGCCCGACGGUCUGCCCGAGCAGAGCUUCGAGUUGAGCAUCCCCAAGGAGCGCAUGCGCGACCUGGCGGGCAAUGUCAACGAGCAGGAUGUCGUCUACCACGUGGAAUACGACAGGACACCACCCGAGAUGACGCUAUCCAAGACAUCCCCCGACACCCUCGUUCUCGACAGCCCUUUCAGCGUCACACUCACCGCGUCUGAGAGCGUCCGCACGCUCGAGGCGACGGCGCUGCGAGUCGAUGGGGGGCGUGUGUCGCGACUGACGCCGCAGGGCCACAAUGCGUUUGUGGCUGAGGUCAUUCCUGAGACGGUGGGUGAGAUCCGUGUGGAGGUGCCAUCAGACGAGGUGGAAGACUUCGCUGGCAAUGCCAAUGAGGAGAAGGCCGCGCUCCUGCUCAACUAUGGUGAGACCCACACACACCCCCACCCACAAGACUAAACAGCAAACAGCACACCCCCUCUCGUGUUGACGUGAUUGCUUGCAGUGCCGAAGCAGCCGUGGGGCAUCACCCUCCCCCCGUCGCUCUUCAACGACGCCACGUCCCCAUCUUUGGCCGCCCACCUGACCACUCUACGGCAGGGCGGCAUCGCCAAGAUGCGGCUCAUGAAGUGGCCCCCACACGAGGCGCUCACCCUGCUGCAGACGGUGUUCGGCGACGAGGCAGAGGUGGUCGUGACGGUGCCCAAUCACGCCAUCUCCACCUAUGCGGCUGAUUUCACUGCCUCGCGGGAGCUGCUGAACGGGCUGGCGCCAUUCGAGAGGAUCAUUCGCUACGUCGUGGGUAGGCAACAUGAAUUCUCCUUGUAUACGCGACGCGCAUGGUGGGUCCAUGCUCGCUUGCUGUGAUGUGUUUUGCGUGCAGUUGGCAAUGCGCCCGACCAGGAGAGCGCGGAGAAGGAGUCGAAUCCGCCACUGCUCGCUUCCCUGCUGCAGGCACUCAUGAACCUGCUCAAAGUGAGUGGAUGGGAUGCACUGCACUGGCUGCAGAGAAGGAAGAGACGCUCACACUUUCAUUCUUUCGUCUGCCUCCAGGCGGCCGACGAGACCCUCUCCCCUCUCCAACAGCGGAUCACCGUCUCGUGGAGCUCCGAUGCCUUCACACAUACCUUCCCACCAUCAACAGCUCGCCUCGCCGGCACCACAGAGGACGGCCAUUUCCCGGAGGAUUCGCAGGACGUCCUGUACCAGACACUGAAGCUGCUGCGCAGCCAGGGCAGGGGCCUGCCCUUCCUCUUCUCGCUCAACCCCUAUAGGAUGUGGCUCGACGGGCGUGACAGCCGAAAGCUGCCCAUCGCGUACGCUGUUGGGGCGUCAAAGCCAAUGGUCAAGGACUCCUCCACCAACGAGUCAUACGCCUGGGUGGGGGAGGCGAGGCUACUGGCGGCCAGGACAGCUAUGGACCGAGCAGGCUUCGACGGCAUUCCUCUGGCGGUGAGUGACAUCUACUGGCCCGCCAAGAGCGAAGACGGCGCGAGCACAGCGCUGGUAAAGGCGCUCUUCGAGAGCCUGAUGUCGAUCACGUCGGCCAACAGGACGGUGGAGGCCUGGUGGGGCAGCGGCGAUCACGACGCGCCAUCGGGGACCCUCGUCAAGAAGGACGGCCACUUCGUGUGGGAGGGCACCCUGCCCGAGUGCUACCAGCUGCAGCACAAGGUUACGGGCAAGACCAAGGCCAGCCCCGCGCUCAGCCACGAGAGCUCCGCCUUCGCCGACAGCGCACUCGCGUGCGCCCAGCAGUGCCGCGAGGUGACGUCCUGCGGGUCGUGGGUGUACCGCUACAAGGCCAACCAGUGCACCACCUUCACGGCCCCGCCCGUUGGCUCGCUGCGGCGAGAGGGUCUGCUCGAGGUGGGCGGCCUCACAUACGUCAUGGUCAACGACGAGCCAGUCGUGUCGGGCUCGCGCGUCUGCGAGGAGGCAAAGGGCGGUAAGCGUACAGGCAGGCAGGAUUGCGUGUUCUCUCUGAUUCUUUUGUGCUCUCUCCGUCCAGAUAUGUCCUCCCCCUCGGCACCGUCGCGAGUGUCCCGCAGCCCCAAGGUGCCCUCGACCGACGAGGGCCCCCUGCUCGACCCACCCAACGUGCCGCAGCAGGUGGCCAACAGCAGCGUUAAUGAGACGGCCCAACACAUCCCCACGCCGCCCGUGGUGCCCCUCGAGCGGCUCCUGGCGGUGCGGCUGCUGCUCGACUACGAUGAGGUGCUGAAGACGGAGGCGUCUCGCGCUGACCUGCUGGAGGGGCUGAGGACAGCCGUGGCGGACUCGCUGUGGAUUGCCAAGAACGACUGCACCAUCAAGGGACUCAUCCGGGGGUCCGUCGUUGUGCUGCUCAGCGUGGCUGCACCGAAUGAGUUCAAGGAUCAGUCCUCCCUAGAAAAGGCAUGGUUUGAGAUCCUCACAGGUACGCCUCUCCUCCUCAUCUUUCCCACACACACACGGUCAAUACAAUCCUCUGCAUCCGCCCUCUCCUUCUGCUGCUGGGCUGGGCUGUGGUUGGCUGUGGUGGCUUGCAGAUCCGCUCUCCCCGCUGCGUCAGGCGUUCCCCAUCGACCCCUACUUCCCCUCCUUCGUCGAGGUGCCCACCCUCAACUCCCCUCAGGGCAUCUUCGACGAGUCAUGGGAGGACAUCCGCUCCUCAAUCCAGCCCAACACACCCCUGCCCGUCAACAACAAUUUUAUCGGCCAGGCCAUCGGGCGGCACUUCCCACCAGCCACAUACAAUCGCCCGCCGGCAGCCAACCACAACGAGACGCACAGCGGGCCACGGGCAGAGGAGGGCAGGAGUGAAAAGGGCGGCUCGCACCUAGCGAGAAGCGGCUCGCCGGCGCUUGAAGAGCAGGGAGGCUUCCCGGUGUGGGCGGCGGCAACCGUCAUUGUGUUCCCCUCUGUCAUCAUUGCGGCCACGCUCAUUCUCGGCAUACGGCGGAAGCGAGCAGCGGCAGCCAAGCCGUCGUCCCGGCCGCCCAGCCCGCAGAGCACCCAUGCCACCAAUUCGCCCAAGUCGGUCAGCGACCACCAAGUGACGACUUGCAGCAGGGCGGCAGACAGCAGCGAGGCCCCCCCACAGCAGCAGAUGAGGGCUCCCCUUGUGAUCCCCUCCACAUUGCGGGGCGGGGGAGUCGGUGCACUCUUCCGCUGCACACGGGCGCCAACCAGCCCCUCCUCGCCUGCACAGCCGGGCGGGAGCGGGUACCUCUCGCCGCGAUUUGCCGUCGGCUCCGAGACGGCGUCGAACGGCAACACCACGCCGGUCUCCGCGGCCAGUGGGACUCCGCGGUGUCCGGCGGAGAAGGGCAGCUUCUGUGUGUGGAGCGUCGACUCGCACUCAGAGGGGCUGAAGGAGGGCGUGGAGACCUUCCUGGCCGGCAAAAUCACGCACGACAGAGACAGGGGAGAGAGAGAGAAGGAGGAGAGUCACUCCACCGCUGCUGCUGGUGGAGGAGGUGGAGGUGGACGUGGAGGUGGCGGCGGAGGUGGCGGCGGAGGUGACGAGGGCGGUGGUCGGCACGUGUCUUACAGCAAGGUGUGUUCGGUGUCGAGCACGCCACAGCCGCCCGGGUCGCCCUCUGCGGGCCCAUCGCAGUGGCCGGGCGACCUGUACCUGAGCGUGGAGACGGUGGUCGACGACCUGGUCGUCGAGAGGCUGGUGGAGGAGGAGGAACGGUCAACCUCUUAUAGACCCGACGUGGGGGUGUGUUGAUAUAUAUAAGGGCCUUCCUGUCUGUGGUGGGUUGUUGUCUUUCUUGUACAGCUGGCUGUAGGUGGGGUGAUGAAUCACGUACAGCUAUUUCUGAUGCAUUGCAUUCAUUGCAUGGUGCUGACUGAUAACAUUAUUGAUUGCUUCGUGUGUUUUUUCCAAGGGACAGGGAGGGGGGAGGGGGAGGGCAUUUCAUUGGUUGGCGGUGAAUCGCUUGUUGUGUUUUUUUGCUGAGCUUGCCGUCCAUCGACUCACUCACAGAUGUUUCACACGUACACAUGUUGUUAUUGAUUCAUUCACUCACUGUACACCCGUUUGUGUCAUAAUAAUACUGUUUGAGUAUUAUAUCGCUGAGGAGGUCGGGAGGCGGCGGUGUUUAUUUAUUUGUAAGGGGAAGAGACACAUACCAUGACACACACACACACCUCACUGGACGUGAACCUGUGUGUUUUAUACAUCCACACGUGCACAUGUGUGCUGGUUGGUGCCCUCUAUUUCUCUUCCUCUCUCUCUCUCUCUCUCUCUCUGUCUCUCUCUCAGCAACCCACCCACACUCACAGCCACUUACCCCAAUUGGCUGUCUUGUCUACUCCAUGAAGCAACGUUGGUCAGCCCAUCAAGGAAGAGGCAGACAGACAGACAGGAAUGAAUUGAUUGCUGGCCUUUGUGACGUGGGUUUUGUGACUACUACUACAGGCAGGCAGACAGACAGACAGAGACAGGAUAACUGUGUGGGAGAGUAUGUGUUGCGUGUUUCGUGUUGCG